AAAAAUGAAAAAGGGAAAAGAAAAGAACAGGUAAACAAAAAAAAAAAGAAAAGAACAAGAAAGAAAAGGGAACAGCGGGAAAAGAAAAGGGAACAAAAAAAGGUAAAGAAAGUGAAAAGGGAACGGAAAAAGAAAAGAAAAAGAACGGGGAAAAAAGGUGGGAAAAAAAGAACAAAGGAAAAAAAAAGGGAACAAGGUAAAAAAAAAAGGGAACAGGUAAAAAAAAAAAAAAAAAUAGGA